AUGCCCAUUGGUGAGCAAGGACAGAACAGGCUUCCUGGAGAAAUUCCAUGUCCUGGAGAGAAAAGGAGGCCACUGCAGACUUUCCUGAGAUUUUUUUUUCUACUCUGCAGCUCAUUAAAAUCCAAUCUUAUUCUAUUUCUGUUGAUUUCUACAAUGCAUGUGUUUUGGUGUCAUCCAGUUCCAUCUUCUAAGGUGUCUGGAAAAUCUGACUACUUUGUCAUUUUGCUGAACAGCUGCCCCACGAGGAUGGGCAGGAGAGAGGGACUGGAUUUUCUAAAGCCAAUUUUGGAGAAGACACUUAUGAAAAGGUCCUUUCGCAAUGAAGUUGGCACAGGAAUGAAAAACACUUCCUUUCAAAGAGCAAAAUCAUGA